GCGCCAAAUGGAAUAAUUAUAUAAAUAAGCAAUGUAAAUAAGCAAUAGUAUACCUUUAUUGCUUUAUGGAUAUGUGAAAGCUAUCUACACUAUACAAAAAGUUGUAUAUAAAAGCGGGUCAACAUUGACCUAGCUGUCUGUCUUUCAAGUCCUUUGAAGCAGUGGUUUAACAUGUGCUAUCAGCUGAUUCGUGUAUUGUGUUUCGUAAGUUCUUGGCGUUUGGGAGUGAUCAACGCAAAUUUUCAAUACAAUCUCGAGCAUUUUCCGGUUUUGCAAAACGAAACCGCAAAUUUCUCGCGUGGCAUCAGCGACCUCAUUGAGCGCAUACAAACCGAGCGUGCAUUCGUUAGUUACUUUCUGCUAAGGAAGCAUCCAGCCGAUUGCGUCGAUGAACAGUUACCGACAAAUUUCGGCUUGCCAUUCAUGCAGCUGAACGAGAGUGAACGUUCUUACGUACGAGGCACCGGCAGUAGCUUCUUAUUGGCAAUAUUAUGUCUUCGACAACUCAACGAUAAAGACUUCAUGUUGAAGUUCUCUGCGGAUUUGCAGCACAUACGCACUAGACGCAUAUUGGUUAUUCACAAUAAAAACUUGGCGCAGAGUACACAUUCCGAAAUCGAGACAUUCUUUCGUAAUUGUAUGCAAGUAAAAUUUUUGCACGUUAUACUCGUACAUCGCGAUUUCGCUGAGACAAACAUCUUCCACUCAUUCAAUCAAUUUCCCGACUUGCAAGUGGAGACACGUGAUCUACGUGCCACAACGCCAAUCUAUCCGAAUCGCUUGGCAGAUGUCGCAAAAAAGAAGCUGCGCGUAUUGGUCGAUCAAAUAGAGCCGAUUACAAUGUUGUACGAGAUCGGUGAUAAACUUAUUUUAGAAGGUUAUAUUGGUUACUUUGUAAAGACGUUCGCUUUGCGAUACAAUUUUGUGUUAUGGCUGCCGGACGAAUAUGAGUCCAGCAUAAAGCGUGUAAUCUCUAUUGAGGAGAUACGACAGGCGGCGCGCAAUGACUCGAUAGAUCUGGGCGCGAGCUUAUCAACACCGCAAAAGCAGGAAAACUUACAUGAGUACAUCUAUCCGGUUGAGUUUUUUCAGUGGCUAACCAUGUUGCCGGUGGAACCACAUAUGGAAACAUAUUAUUUUUUCAUCUCCAUCUUCACUCCCACUACUUUAGUUGGUAUAUUUGUUAUAACCUGGUGCUUAUGCGUGGUCUAUGUUGUACAAUUGAAACUUAAGUGCCAAACUCUUCGUUGGAAUCGUCAAUUUUUGUUGCUAGUUUUAAUGCCUUGGCAUCUUGACUUACUACGCGGUUUGCUAAAUCAGUCAACCGAUAUGCGCUUGAAUUCCGCCACUCGACGCAUUAUUUUCAUACUAGUUUUUGCGCUCGGUGGUGCUCUGAAUAAUUUUUUCUCCACAAAAAUGGUGAACUGGUUAACUCUGCCCCCACAAAAAAAACCAAUUAAAAGUUUUGAAGAUGUUACUGAGCGCAAUCUGCAGAUACAGAUCGCCGAACCAGAUAUAGCUGAGAUUAAGUUCUAUCGUGGUGAGCAGUUUUGGAAGAAGCAUGCUCACAGCUUUAAAGUGGUGUGUAGGUAUGAUGAGUUUCUUGGUAAUAUACGUAAUAUGGAUACACGUUAUGGUUAUUUGAUAGACACCUUAACUUGGCCGAUAAUCGCACAACGUCAAAUGUACUUCAAACAUCCGUUAUUUCGUUUAUCCGAAAGUCUUUACUAUACGAAGGGCUCACUUCUCAGUUUGCCGAUAAGUGAGAAUUCCAUGUACAAAGAUUUGUUGAGUGAAUUCGUCAUGCGCUCACGUGAAUCGGGCCUGUUAGGUUAUUGGUAUAGUAGAACAUUCUACACAAUGGUCUCCAUUGGACGUUUCAAUUUUACAGAUCUUAGUACGAACCAGAUACACGAAAUGUUAACUUUGAAGGAGUUCGAGUGGGUUUGGAUCGCGUAUGCUGUUGGAGUUGGCUUCAGUGGUCUCGUUUUUAUAUUAGAAUGCAUCUGGUAUUACAAAGUGUAAUGCAUAAUACUGCUAUUGUGAUUUCUUAAAGAAUAUUAUUGUGCUUUAAGAAGUUCUUAAAGUUGUAUGAAUAUAUGUGUUAUUAAUAUGGUGAAAAUAAUAUGUAUUGUACUAUAUAUUACACAUAUGUAAUAUAAAUGUUAUAAGUUGACAAAUAGAUAGAGAAUUGAUGGUUGAUGGAGGUCUUAAAAUGUUUUGGCUACUGUAUUGGAGAUAAAGCGUGACAAUGCUAGCCUCGUACCAAAAGUCCUGAAUCUUUUGCUAAAACGAACAGGAAAGGUCGAAAACGAGAUCCUUGACAACGUAGCUGAAGAUCCCCAUUCGUCAACCGCAUAAUUAGUGUUAAUGAGACGUGGGUUUAUGAAUAUGACGUCGAAACGGUUCAA